UCGAUGUUGACGUAGGUGUAGCCGGCGGCCUUGAGUCCACGACUAAUAAAGUUCUGGGCCGUCGUCAGGGCGACGCUGGCGCUGGCGGCAUUGCAUCCUCCUUGGUUCCACCCGCUCCAACCCAGAGCUGGCUUUUGGCCGACACUCUGCUGGCGAGUUUCGAGGAUCAGGGGCCCGGCAGCAGCCGCAACGGCCAGGGAUAGGAACGACGGGAUGGUGGAAUGCAUGAGGGCUGGUGCUUUCGUCUUAUAUUAGCAGGGGUCAGGCUUGUAAGGAAUUGUAGUCGCGCCGUUCAGUUCCUGAUGUCUGUGGACCAUGGACAAUAUUCGACGGUGCCAUGCUAAGCUUUUAUAUAUCAACUUGGUUCUCGGCGUUGUUGCUUGUUUACUAUUCGAUCUGCAGCUUAUGCCGGUGGAGACGAUCUCCACCGCCUUAUUUCGCCGCUGUUUGGUAUACGAGGCACUCGGGGUUAGUCUACACUGGUCAGUUGACCCUGGGUUUAGACAGGACUGACCGUCUGCCCGGCAGUGAACCUGGCGUGAAUCUGCCCCAGAGUGGAGAUAAAUCGCGCGGGGCGCGUCAGAUAGAUCGCAUGUCCAUAACUCGACUGGCUCGCUUCUAUCGAGCUGGGUGCAAGGUAUCCCCAAUGCCGUAUUUCGGUCACUGUACCCUUCAUGUUUCCAUAUUGUUCGUCUUUUUGGUACACUAAUCGAGGUAUACAGGCAUAGGGAAAAAAUUUCCCCUCCAUUCAGGGAU